GGUUGAGGUGUGUAAUAAAAAGCAAAGAUAAUAGAGCGGAGAACUCUAUAAUCUUUGAUGAAAAGAUCCAUAAUUAGACAUGUUCCAAUCGAUCCGCGAUUCGCUGACAUCAGUCUGGGACGGUUCACCCUUUCUGUUGGUCGGAUCACGUGCAUCGGGCGGCUCUGAAGUAUUAAAGUAAGCUGCAGCGUCAGAUAAAGUGCAUUUGGAAAAUCAAAAGCCUGGUAUCUGGACAUUCCCGAAUAGAGAACCCCCCUCAACGAUUAAAGCAAUGUAAAAUCCAUCACACAAAGCCGGAGUUUGCAUUUGUGUGGAGCUGGGAUCAGAUGGUUUUACAGACCUGCCUUUAUUUCUUCAGCUUCAACCUCCCUCUCCUUGCAAGAUAGAACCCCAAGCUCUUUGGGCGAGGUUUAUUGUUUUACACCGUCAAGUAUUGUAUUAAAAACAAUAUCUCAACAACGUUUUGGAGAGUUCAAACCGCUGCAUCAAAGGUCUGAAAACUGAAACAAGGCACCUAGCCCCGCUUGUUUAAAUCGCUUGGAUUUCGCUUGAAAGUGUCUAAUUUGCAUAUUAUCAAACAUAAUUGAAAUAUCCGGAUCGCAGCGGCAACACAGCCAGUAGGAAGCAUGUCAGCGCAGGCCGGCUGGCUGCUGCCCCUGUCCCUGCUGCUGUUGGUCCGAGGGACCCUGGCGUUCUCGGUGCCCAUCGUAUGUGAGACUAACGGCAGCGUGUACUAUGUGGGCGAGUGGUACUACCUGGACACGGACCACUGCACGCAGUGUGAGUGCACCGCCGGUGGACCCGUGUGUGGCCGCACCGACUGCCCGGCCCUGCCGCCGCCUUGUAUCCAUGUCAGCUACUACCCGAACGAUUGCUGCCCCCGCUGUGAGAAGAUCGGCUGCGAACACCGGGGCCAGGUCUAUGAGCUCGGCCAGCAGUUCCAGCCAUCAGAGUGUGAACAGUGUACCUGUGAUAUGGAUGGGAGAGCAAGCUGCCUGGUCGCCGAUUGUGCUCCACCUUUGUGCGUUAAUCCAAUUUAUGCGAAAGGAAAGUGUUGCCCUGAGUGCAAGGAUGGUCCAAAUUGUUACAGCGACUUCACCCAAAGUCAAGUGAUCCCAGGAGGGAGCACCAUGUGGGUUGACAAGUGCACCUACUGCCACUGCCACGACGGACAAGAUGCCGGAUACUGGGAAGGCAAUCUCAUCGCCAAGUGCGUGAAGGUUCAACAUUGCACUCUAAAUGAUGAUCGCAGUCACUAGCCGUGAGAUUGUAGCAGUUACCUACGCAACACUUCUCUGAUGCAUAUCGCUGGGCAAUCUAUUUGGAUGUCAGAUAUACAGUGACCCUAUUAUGAUACAGCUUUGAAAUAUCUACGCACAGCAAUCGUUUUUUUCACGACAACACCUUCAUUUAUUACACCAUUUCAUUAUUCUUUGUGCUUUUUAAAUGCUAUUUUCCAAAUUGGCACGUAUAUGUAUUGUGCAUCACACUGGUUGUGAUAGUGGGAGACGACAAAUGUUUUGUUGAAUGUAAAAUUAAGAACAAACCUUCUGAAUGGAAUGCAUUAGACGUAAAAUGAAAUGUUCCUUGGAAAAAGGCCUGUUGUUUGAAAAGCAUUACAAUAACAAACUUCUGCCACUUCUUCAUGUUAUCUGUGGCCUUGUCCGCUCCCUGCUCCACUGUCGUUGUCUCCUCCUCUUCCCCGCAGUUGCUGACAUACUCCACCUUGGAAGAUGUCAGUGACUAUGGGGGAGGAGGAGGAGGGGGAAGAGGCGGCAGUGGAUGGGGCAGCAGUGGAGUGGACAAAGUUACAGGGGAAGGAGGAGGUGGUGGUGGAGAGGGAGCAGACAAAGCGAUGGCCGACAGGAGGAAGUGGCAGCUGCUGAGUGGACAGUGGCCGAGCGAGUCCUGUUGGUGGCAGCAUCCUGAAGAAAGUACCGUUGGCCAUGGUCUACCACGUGAGCCGCAACACCAACCGUGUCAACCGGACCAUGUGGCAGCUCGGGAAGAAGGACUUGCUGCUGCAGCAUCACAAAGUGCUGGAUCAGUCUGAAGAAGGGUCCUGACCCGAAACAUCACCUAUCCACGUUCUACAGAGAUGCAGCCUGAUCUGCUGAGUUACACUAACACUUUGUGUCCUUUUGUGUAUUUACCAGCAUCUGCAAUUCUUUGUUUCUAGUACAUGCAAUGAUAAUACCUACUUUGGUUAUAGCAGACAAUCUGCAAUAACAGACACCAUGCCCCCCAAUGGUCUGCUAUAACGAGGGUUUACUGUAUUUAACAGGCCCUGUUCAUAAGAUUGUAGCUUUUCCCUACUACUUAUGUUCAGAUUGACUGUUCUGUGUUUCCCUGUUUUAUUUUCCCUUUCUUGAAUAUUAGAUUUACAUUUGUCAUUUUCCUAUUUGUAGGAAAUGUUCUAAAAUCUGUAGAAUUCUGAAAAAUAACAUCUGGUGUAAUCUCCAUAGGUGGCAUCUUUUUCAUCUUUGUAAUGCACGUCAUGAGAUCCCAAUGAUUAUUUACUUCUAGUCUCAUUACUUUGUCCAAUAUCUUGUUGUCACCAAUGCAGAUUUCUUUUAGCUUCUGAUUCUCUCGCCAUUGUUUCCAGUAUAUUUUCCAAAAAUCUUCUUCUGUGAAAGCAGAUACAAAAUACUUAAUUUCCCUGGCAUUUCCUCAUUACCCAAUGUUUCUUUUUCCAGUCUAGGCCUGUAAGGCACGCAUAGUAACUUCCAGUAAUCUUUUCCAUUUUACUAUCUAUUCUGAUUAAUUUUUACUUUCCCUUUGCUUAUCAAUGCUGUAGUAUUCCAUGGCUGAAUUCUGAAAUAUUCUCAAUUAUAAGGCUUUUCCACUUUUUGAAAACA